GUCAUGGGUGUCCUCAGUGAGUCUCUGGCCUUGCGAAGAGUGAACGAUACGUUCCGGCCAUCGCACGCAAACACUAGACAAAGAGUUGCACCUACCUACCCUUCCAUCCAUUGACACACCAUUCCAUUCCAUUCGAUCACGAAUGCAUCGGCGCAUCCAUCCAUCUGCAGAUGGAUGGGUGCACAGAGGGUCUGUAUACAACAGAGAGAGAAAGAGUUCCCUUCCUUCUCUUGUCCCAUCACAGAAGCUACAGCGGCAGCGUCUACUCAAGAGCUCAUGCAGCCCCCUUCACGCACCCUCAUCAUUUCUACAUUCAGCCGCAUCCACCCGUUUGUCUUGCCUCUCUCCCUUGGUGUUGUUUUCUCUCCAGCUACUGCUUUGCUCUACGCUACUCCCGCGGUGGCGGGUUACUUCUGUACAGAACGAGCCGAUGUACGACGAACAUAGCGGUCUAACGCUGGCGGGAUGCGAGGCUGAUCUUUCUCUUCUCUCCAUCCUGCUCGAACUGGAGCUCGAAGAGGUCUGGGCUGUUGUACUGCUUCCAGAGGUCUUCAACCACUGUCUGUCGGACAGGCACUUGGGGGGGCCUUAGCGUCCUCCUUGAUGUGUUGAUGGCGGACACGAGCUCAUUCCUGCAGGCCAGGGCCUCCCAAAAGACCCGCAGAAUCGCGCCGAUGCUGGCGCCAUCUCGCGUACCGAUCGUGAACGUUUAAGGUGCACACACCAGAGUCAAGACACAUUGCGUCAUGGCACGCUGUUGCUGUGGAUAUCGUGCCGUCCUCGUCAUCUCACCAUCUGUACUGGCUUCGCACCCCGCUUCUUCUCCCGGCCCCUCUGUGUUGCAGCACUCACCACAAAUGCCGGCCCUAUCCUCUUGCGUUUGGUGACCGAAACACCGAGUCGGCUGGUCCCUACUCUUGACGCAAUGUCCUUCAGGAUACCCUGCGCGAUUCUGUGUACCUCAUCUGGCGGAUGGCGCUCGGUUGUCGUGUCGUCCGCUCGCAGCUCGACAGUCACAUGAAGCGGUAUUACCGGAAAGUGCGAGUGAGGCGGCUCAUAGGCCAU